AUGGAGAUCACCAUCCUCGGAGAAUACAGACCAUUCGGGUCUGAACCCUCUCUUAAAACCUCAACGACAACAAAGCCCACACAGGGACCUUCUUCACAAACAGCACGCUCUAGUGCACAUACGCCCUUUGCAUCUACCAGCCGAGCGAGACCACGCUAUGGACUGUACCCGCCGACAUACGACGACAUUGUCCAAGGCAACCUUGAUGCCCAGAACGGAGCCACCGACGCCAGCAACUAUCAACCCAGCACAAACAACAACAGCGGGGCAAGCUCGCUCAGCAGGAUAGGUCCUCGAGGGUAUGAUACUGAAAUCGUCGUCAGGGGCGCCAAGGUCACUUGGGCUCAGGGAGGCGUACUUCGUAUGUCCGUCGAUUUCUCGUCCGAGAACGAGGUUGUCCAACACACUCUGAUUGCCUGGCUCCUGGUCAACAACUCCUCCAAAACAAAAUCGGUCCGCGGACCUGAUCGCGAGAUGGAGAACGAUGAUGUAUAUAAUUUCGGGCAAAACCAACAGCGACCUUCGACCAACAACACAGCCUCCAUGGACCGGGAAUGUCGACAACAGGCUCUUGUGGUGGUCCUCAAAGAUACCGUUCGCGUCUACUUCACGGGCGGCGAGACACACUCAGUUCAUCUUCCUUUUGCUGUCCACAAUGUCUGGGCACUCGAUCUCGGUUUGAUGCUGGAGCGAAAAACAGAGCCCGAGGAGGACCUAGAGGAGAUUGAGGAUGGUUCGGGACUGGCGCGGUUUUAUAUGACCAUGGAUCCUUUGAACGAGUUCCAAGCCGUGACGCUCUUCAGACUACCGGCCAAAGAUGCGUCUUCACCGGUGACACUGUCGCAGGAGGAUGUGCCGCGGAUCAGACAUCUGGGUGGCACAGUUGGCGACAUUCUCAACACCUGUGUCUUCAUAUCCUCCUACGAGACAGUGGACAAUAUUGUAGUCACAUUCGACCUUCUGCUCAAGCAUCACCGUGUUUGGCGGUACGGGUCCAAGAUGCCGACUUCUCUGCCGUUUUCAAGGAUCGUGCCCGAGGAGGGGAUGCAAAUAUCUGGCGAUCAUGAUGAGGAGUUGGAUACGGACCUUCAGAUGCGUACUGACACUUACUUUUACGAAAUCGCGAGUGAUAUCCACCCAGCGUCGGCAAACUCCAAGAUUAUGAGUGCUCAUGCACUCGAUGGCUCGCCUGUUGUUUGCGUGUUCGACCAGGAUGCCGACAAGAUCUCUUGUUACCGAAUCAUCGCCAACCAGCUUACGAUUCAUCUCUGGACAAGACCCGCUCGCUCGGCGAUUUCUUUGGAAGGAACUCGCAAGUUUUAUCGCGACAUUCUGUUGGUCACCCCCGAAGGAGCUCUCCUACUCUGGACUGGAUACGCGGACGAAUUCAUUCCGUGUCAUGUCGACGUCGAUAUCGAGAAGUUCAAGCGCCACAAGAAUAGCACUUCUGGACAACCGCCCAAGUCACAUGCGAUUGAUCAUCUUGGGUCAUUCCGGAUCAAGAGUUCAAUCUUUAAAAAGGACAAGGACGCCAUCAUUACAGAGGUCCGAGAUGCAGUCGAAGACAGGUUCAAUAUCAUUCUUGGAAGCGGGACCAUCAUCCGGGCAAGACUCGACUUUGUAGUCAGGUCUAGUCUAGUGCAGGAGUGUUUGGACGCCAUCAGUUUCGCCAUGCCAAUCGAGAUUCUCUGGGAUUUUCGUCACCGAUUUCUCCAGCUGCAGUACAGCAGUGAGUCCAAGUACGAAACAGUGCCAGCCACGGACGAAUGGGGAAACUUUUCUGCCACACUUCUCUCGUACUGCGAUCCUAGCUUCCAUCCUACCGGGUUGACGUCACCAACCCUCUCGUCUCGGUCUCUCCCUUCGGUCGCCAAGAAACCUGACGUGUCGGAACUCGACUGGAACUUUUUCUUGGAUUCAGACGUCCACCAGCGCAUGUUCGACCAUCCAGCCUUUCAAGGAGAUGCCUCUGACCUUCCCACAUCGACGAGUAAUCCGUACACAGAGGUGGUCAUUCGAGCACAACGGAUGGCAAGACUCAGAGGCCCAUCCACGCGGCAGUCGUUCAAUCUGGACCUGGUCAAGUUUUACACAUUUAUUCUCGUCGCACUCCAUCUCGUCUACGUGGACCGUAGUCUGAACAUUGUCACUUCUCAGCAACGGGAGCUAGAGCCAUUGCUGAAGCAAUUGGCUCGCCUCGUAGGAUGGAAGACGUGGGAAGACUUUUACGCCCGGCGGGAUUUUUCCACGACCAAGCGGGUAGAGAUGCCUGAGGUGUUCAUGGAAGGAGAAACUUUGCCGCUGGAGCUGUUCCAAUUUGAUCCGCCGGACAUAUUCAACUGGAUCGUCGACAUGGUAACACGACCACAAGAGACCCCAGUCUUUCCCACUCUGGACGCCCUUUCUUCGAUUCGCGAACCAGAACCAGGCCUUUCGCUCAUCCCAGCUGCUGUACCAUGUGAGCUGACUCGCAAGGUCACAACUUUCUAUACUGCGCUGAUGGAUGGCGAGACUGCUGACCAGAGUGCAGUUAGAGCCAUUGUCGAGGAAAGGUUCAGCACCACACAGCUGGAUCAACUACCUUUUGGGAUUUCAGUUCCUCUCAGGGAGGCUCUCUGGAAGUGCCGCAACAAUCCGCCACCAGACAUGGACUCAUACGCGCUCUCCUUUAUCGGCAGGAACGAUCUUGCAGAGCUAAAGUCCAACCGGAUGCCCGGGUAUUAUAUAAAGCCCAUCUCUCAAGUGACCGAUGCGCCGAAGCGCCAGGAUAUCGCGACGCUCUGCAAGGAGGACACACCCCAGGAACGAGAGAACGAUAUGGAGAGUACGGGAACAGAGAUUGCAGAGGCAGAGAUCACCAACAUGCGAUUCGGAGCCGACAAGCGGAUAGAGGAGACACAAAAGAUGCUCCAGUCUUCAGUCAUGCUCAAAAUUCGACCCAAGGACGAACCCGGUUUGAACGAGGACGAUUUGAGGAUAUCUCAUCAAGAGGUUCUUCGAAAACUUGCGCUGCGAACUUUGGCCUUGCCUGUUGGACGUGCGAUCUUGACCUUUGGAACCGUGACCCAAAUCUUGACCCAGCGGUGCCCCUUUCCAGAUAUUACGCUGACGGCCAAAAUUUUACCCGUGUACGGCGAGACCGAGUUUGACAUUUCCCUUCUUGGUGGAGACCAGGCCAUGAGUUGGCCAUUGUUCAACAAUGGCGUCGCUGCAGGACUCAGGAUCUCGUCGACCAGCAAGGAUGUGAGCCCUUCGUGGAUCAUCUACAAUCGACCCGACAACCUCAGCUGUAACCAUGCUGGAUUUCUGCUCGCCCUCGGCUUAACUGGUCAUCUCAAGAAACUCGCCUGGUCACAUGUCUGGCGAUAUCUCUCAUACAAGCACGAGCUGACCUCGACUGGACUCCUUCUCGGCCUCUCGUGCGCUUAUGUCGGCACCAUGAACACUGCCACCACCAAGUUAUUGUUCCUGCAUGCACCUGCCUUGCUUCCCAAGGAUGGGUCCGAGUUUAACCUGUCGCUCUUGACACAGGUUGCCUGCGUGUUGGGAAUCGGUCUCGUUUAUGCGGAGACCUCGAAUCGACGGAUGGCUGAGGUGAUGUUGACAGAGAUUGGGUCGACGUGGGGUCAUUUCUUGGAGCUGUCGAGUAACCUGCAGGAGGCUCAUUCGGUUGCUGCAGGAUUCGGGCUUGGCCUGAUUACACUCGGACAGGGAAACAAGCCUAUGGGUCUCCGAGAUAUGAAGAUUGUCGAUGUCUUGUUGAGCUACAUGCCUGGAAGCGCAGACAGGCCACGGCGGCCUCAGAACUACGGAAUGGCAGAUGGAAAUGCUCCAUACCCAGGGAUGGACGAUAUGAGCGGCUCUCGCAGGCAUACGGGAGUAGAUCUGACUGGCACUGGCGCAACCAUUGCGAUGGGUCUGAUGUAUCUCAAGACAAGCAGCCGAUCUAUUGCUGCCAAAUUGGCUGUGCCCGAGACGCAGUACUUGCUGGACUACCUCAACCCCAACUCUCUCAUGUUGCGAGUCAUCUGCAGGGCGAUUGUUCUUUGGGACGAGAUCACCCCUUCCGAGGAUUGGGUUCUUUCCCAAGUGCCAGAGUUCCUGCGAGACGUCAAGACAGGAGGACCACCAAAGACAGAAACUGGACCUCAGUCCUACUACAGUAUCCGCGCUGGUGCUUGCUUCGCAAUUGGUCUCCGGUUCGCAGGCAGCGGUAACGAGGCAGCCUACAAGUGCAUCCAUCAGCAUCUCGACAUGUUUCUCGAGCUCGGGCGCGUCAGUCAAGACGAGUCGUACGAGGACAGCAUUACAAUGGCGACUAUGCGGACAUGCUUGGAUGUGACGACAAUGGCUACCUCGAUGGUGAUUGCUGGUUCGGGCCGAAUCGAUUUCCUCCGCACGCUUCGCAAGCUGCACAAACGGAUAAAGGGUGACACCAACUACGGCAGCCAUAUGGCCUAUCACAUGGCCCUUGGCUUUUUGUUCCUCGGCGGAGGAAGCUGUACCCUCGGAACCACCAACCGGUGUGUGGCAGCACUUCUGUGCAGUCUUUAUCCACGCCUGCCCAUCGAUCCCAUGGACAAUCGCGGUCACUUGCAGGCGUUUCGACAUUUGUGGGUUCUAGCUGUUGAGCCAAGAUGUUUAGUGACAAGGGAGGCCAGUACUGGCGCCUACUGUCCUGUUCCUGUGACAGUCCAUCUUAAGCCAACGGUCCAUCAACCCCAGUCACAAGCAGGCGAAGGCCAGGAUGCUAUGUUGGUUCCUGAAGUGCCAGUUAUUCCGGCUUCUCAGGAAUCAGAGUACACUGGUCUUAACCCCAAUGUUACGCUAGACAUAGCCAGGACGCCGUACUCGACCUCCAAGCUGUCGAUGAUGACCCCUUGCCUUCUCCCGGAGCUAUCGACCAUCUCCAAGAUUGAGAUUAAAGGGGCUCGAUACUGGCCGAUUACGUUGGAUUUCAACAAUGAGAAGGAGGACUAUGCGCAGAUGUGGAGGAUUCUCAAGUCUGGAUCGAUCGCGGUGAUGAGACGGAUUGGACAUUUGAGCUAUUCCGAGGAUCACUCCGGAAUGCGUGGGAUCCUUGCACGGCCAUUUCCUAAGGUUCUUACGGGCGAAGGAAUGGAGGGCGAUGGUGUUGAGGAGAGUGGUGGGCCGAGACGGGAGAGGCGAAAAAAGUUGGAGCGUCUGGUCGAGAUGCGCAGGCAGCGGACGUUGGGAAAGACAUUUAUCCAUUCCAGUGCAGAGACUUUUUCGAAGACUGCGGGCUCAUUCGCUGGUGGUGCUGGUCGAUCGAUAGAGGGCGGAGGACGGUUUUCGUUGCAGGAUACCUUUGACAUUGGAUCUCUCAAGGAUGAGCUUGAGCCUGACUCUGCGUUGUUUGGACAGGACUUUUCAUUGACACUCUUGAAAGAUCCUCAGGUGGCGUCGUUUGCAAAGUACCUUUGUCGAUUGCGUCCUAUGGUUGAAAGCGAUGACACGGAGGAUCUGGCCAAAGAGGAGCUGCGAGCGAGUUAUUUUACGAGCGUGCUGUACGAGUGUCUGACGAUGGACAAAGUGGAGAUGCUGGGUGCCCAUGUGUGGUUGUACGAUGUUGCGAAUCGAUUGGAGGAUCUGGAUGAGAUCUCGUGGAGGAGUCUUUGGGAGCUGAGGAUCCUGAAGCAGUACUAUGAGAUGCAGAUGGGGCGCCGACUCUUGGAGAUACAAGAUCGCCGAGGCGUUGGUGGUGGUGGUGAUCUUGGACACCGGACGGCUGGGCCGAGAGGUGGUGGCAGUAGUGACAGCGGGAUUCGGAUGAUUGAGGACGAUGGGAGCCAGACGUUGGUCAAGAUCAGCCGGAUUACGGAGCUGUACUCUGAGGUGACGAAGCGGGUUGACCAAGCGAUGAAGGUGCCUGUCGAGGAUGAGGGCGCGCGGUUUAUGGAGCGAGAAAGGGAGGAGGAGGAUGCUGGUGAUGAUUUGUGGAAGACGACGCGAGGCAAGGCGCGCCACUACUUUGCAAAUGGGACGUUUCCUUCCUUUACUGAGAGUGAAGCGCGUGGUGGAAGUGGUGGUCACCAGAAACGUGAGUCUGGAGCCAAGUCGUAUUCGAGAGGUCGCGGACAGCAACAGCAACAGCAGCAGCAGCAGCGGCAGCAAGACGACGAAGAAGAAGAAGAAGAGGAAAUGGAAGGAGAAGAAGAGGUUAUGAGUAGUAAGAAGAAGAAGGUGGUGAAGACUGACUGGUUCAAAGUGUGGCUCGAGUUGAAUAGGAUCCCUGGGCCAGAUCAGAUCCGAUCGAUGAAACGAGCCCUAGAGAACACGGUGGACCAAUGGCAGCCCCAUUUGGGUCAGGGAGGUGGCCAGAGCAGCAGCAGCGGUGCAGGUGGGAGUGAGAUGAAUGGCCUGCUCGCGCAGGUGUUCUCUGUGGCGUAUCCGCGGGUGAGCCUGAAGGUGCUUGAGUAUCUCGUUCUUGAUCAAGAGUAA